AUGAUNCUUUCCACCCAUGAAAAACAGCUUGCGAAGCAGCGUUCUAUAAUAGAGCAAAUGGAGAAAGCAAACUUGGAACCAAAAGCCUGGACCAUGCAGGGGGAGGUAACUGCUGCUAAAAGGCCAAAGAAUAGUGCGUUAGAAGUUGAUCUUGAUUUUGAGCAUAAUGUGAGACCUCCCCCUGUAAUUACGGAGGAGGUUACUGCAUCGAUUGAGGAAUUGAUUCAGAAAAGAAUCCUUGAGCUUGCGAAGCAGCGUUCUAUAAUAGAGCAAAUGGAGAAAGCAAACUUGGAACCAAAAGCCUGGACCAUGCAGGGGGAGGUAACUGCUGCUAAAAGGCCAAAGAAUAGUGCGUUAGAAGUUGAUCUUGAUUUUGAGCAUAAUGUGAGACCUGCCCCUGUAAUUACGGAGGAGGUUACUGCAUCAAUUGAGGAAUUGAUUCAGAAAAGAAUCCUUGAGGGGCGUUUUGAUGAUGUUCAGAAGGCUCAUGCUUUAGCAUCUAAAGCACCAAAACAAAUAAAGGAACUGGAUGAGAAUAAGAGCAAGAAAGGUCUUGCUGAAGUUUAUGAGGAAGAAUAUGUUCAGAAGACUGGCCUGGUUUCAGCAGCAUUGUCUUUCUCAGAUGAACAAAAGAAAGAGGCAGCAUUGCUGUUCAAGAAACUGUGCUUGAAGUUGGAUGCUCUAUCUCAUUUCCACUUCACUCCCAAACCAGUUAUAGAGGAUAUGUCUAUACAUGUAAAUAUCCCUGCCCUAGCAAUGGAAGAGAUUGCGCCGGUGGCGGUCUCUGAUGCAGCUAUGCUGGCUCCUGAGGAAGUGUUUGCUGGUAAGGGAGAUAUCAAAGAAGAAGUAGAGCUAACACAAGCAGAAAGGAGGAUGAGGAGAGCUAACAAGAAAAGGAAGUUUAAAGCUGAGGCCGUGAAAAGGAUGGCAAAGAAGCCACUUGAAAACACAUUGCUAAGUCAUGCCAGUGGCAAGGAAGAAUCAUGA